UCACGUAUGUGCGGGUGGUGCCGCUGCGGAUCCGCACAAAAAUCCGUGCAGCCGCACCACCCGCACAGAGAAAUGCGGACCCGCAGGCGGGUGCCAUUAGUUCUAAUAGCAUGCCACCAGCACUGGAAAACACAACUGUACUGGGAACCGAGGUUCCCGUGUGGGCUGCGUUUUCCAAAGAAGUGCAGGACUUCUUUCCCUGCGUGUGAAUGAAUGAGCUCUUAUGCCCGUGCAAAACGCAGCCCGCCCACAUAUAUGUGAACCGCAGAGCUUACUAGGAGGCAAUCUAACGCUGGCUAUACACAAUUUAUAUUUUUGGUUCAAUCAAGCGGGUCAAAUAAAAAAAAAAAAAAAAAAAAAAAGC